GCGGAGGUGCUGGACAUGGACGCCGGCACGGUGCGGUGCGCGGCCAACUACGCGCCGCUGACGCCCAUCAGCUUCAUCGAGCGCGCCGCGGCCGUCUACGGCGACCGCCCGGCGGUGGUGUACGGGGAGGCGCGGCCGACCACGUGGAGGGAGACCCGGGAGCGCUGCAUCCGCGUGGCCGCCGCGCUCGCCGCGCGGUUCGGCGUCGCACGCGGUGAUGUGGUUGCAGUCCUCAGCCCGAACGUGCCGGCGAUGUACGAGCUACACUUCGCCGUGCCAAUGGCCGGCGCGGUGCUCUGCACGCUCAACACGCGCCACGACGCGGCCAUGGUGUCCGCCCUGCUGAAGCACUCCGGCGCCAAGGUGUUCCUCGUCGAGUCUAGCCUCCUCGAAGUCGGGAGAGCGGCCCUGAAGAGCCUCGCGGCCGAUCUGCCCGACGCCGCCAGCCUCCCGGUCCUCGUAACCAUCUCGGACGAUGCCCGCCCAGCCGGCUGCACGGACUACGAGGGUCUCAUCAGGGACGCCCCGUCGCGGUUCGACAUCCGGUGGCCGGAGAACGAGCUGGACCCGAUCGCGCUCAACUACACGUCCGGCACCACGUCGCGGCCCAAGGGCGUGGUGUACAACCACCGCGGCGCGUACCUCAACACCGUCGGCACGGUGCUCGCCUACGACAUCACGCACAUGCCGACGUACCUCUGGACGGUGCCCAUGUUCCACUGCAACGGCUGGAACCUGCCGUGGGGCGUCGCCAUGCAGGGCGGCACCAACGUCUGCCUGCGCCACUUCACUGCCAAGGUCAUCUUCGACAGCAUCGCGCGGCACGGGGUCACGCACAUGGGCGGCGCGCCGACGGUGCUCAACAUGAUCGUCAACGCGGCGGCCGUGGACCGGAGGCCGCUGCCGGGCACCGUGCGCGUCAUGACGGGAGGCGCGCCUCCCCCGCCGCGCGUCCUGUUCGGGAUGGAGGAGCUCGGCUUCGCGGUGUACCAGAUCUACGGCCUCACCGAGACGUACGGCGCAGCCACCGUGUGCACGUGGAUGCCGGAGUGGGACGCGCUGCCGGCGGAGGAGCGCGCGCGGCUCAAGGCGCGCCAGGGGUUCCACCACAUGGCGAUGCAGGACGUGGAGGUCAAGGACCCGGCCACCAUGGGGAGCGUGCCGCUCGACGGGAAGACGGUGGGCGAGGUGAUGUUCCGGGGCAACACCGUCAUGAGCGGGUACUACAAGGACAUCGACGCGACCAAGGAAUCCAUGGCUGGCGGGUGGCUGCGCACGGGCGACCUCGGCAUGCGGCACCCGGACGGGUACAUCCAGCUCAAGGACAGGGCCAAGGACAUCAUCAUAUCGGGCGGCGAGAACAUCAGCUCCAUCGAGGUCGAGUCGGUGAUCUUCAGCCACCCGGCGGUGCUCGAGGCGGCGGUCGUGGCGAGGCCCGACCACCACUGGGGUGAGACGCCGUGCGCGUUCGUCGAGCUCAAGGAUGGCGCCAGUGCCACGGAAGCAGAGAUCAUAGGGUUCUGCCGGGAGAGGCUGCCGCAUUUCAUGGCGCCCAAGACGGUGGUGUUCGAGGAUCUGCCAAAGACUUCGACGGGGAAGACGCAGAAGUUUGUGCUCCGGGAGAAGGCCCGUGCAAUGGGAAGCCUGACCAAGACCGGAAACAGCAAACUGUAACGUUUGUUCGU